AUGGCUGCCACUCAGAGUAAUGGUGUGCCCAGCGGGCCAAGGCCAAGAUUGAACAUUCCUGGCUCAUCUGUGUCGAUAUCGGUCAAGAUCAUUGACGCAUCGACCAUCUCUAACGUGCCUGCUCAAGCUUUGUUUACUCCACUGGUCCCUGGAUUUACGACAGCGGCCGCUGCACCUUCAUUUUGCUUUCUCCUCGAGCACCCCUCUGGUCAGAAGGUGCUGUUUGAUCUCGGGAUCCGCAAAGACUGGCAGAACCUUGCCCCGGCCAUCGUCGAGCGAUUUAAGAAGGUUGGACACCAGCCGAGCGCUGAAAAGAACGUUUCGGAAGUCCUCGAUGAGGCUGGCGUUGGCAAGGAGAAUAUUAAUGCUGUGAUCUGGAGUCAUGCCCACUGGGACCACCUAGGGGAUAUGUCCACCUUUGGCCCGCAGACUGACUUAGUAGUUGGUCCAGGUUUCAAGGAUUUUUUCCUGGGUGAAGGGAACGGCAAAAACUCUACCCUGGGGAGUGUCCAACCAAGCGACGUGGAAGGCCGAACCGUCCGUGAAAUCGAUUUCCAAGGAACGAAGACCCACACGAUUGGCCGGUUCAAAGCCCUCGACUACUUCCAAGACGGCUCGUUAUAUCUUCUAGACACUCCCGGCCACUGUGUCGGCCACCUGUGUGCCUUGGUCCGGACGACUACAAAUCCAGACACGUUUGUCUUCUUAGGGGGUGAUGCCGCACACCAUUGUGGCGAAGUCCGCCCGUCAGCUUAUGUCCCGAUGCCUCAAUCCAUUGCAACUUUGAAUAGGGCAACGCACGCGGACCGGCAAUCUGCUAGCUUUACUAACAGCAACAUGCCCGUCUGCCCUUGCUCCUGGUUCGAUGAAUUGCAGGUCUCGCGCAAUCGCGAUCCUGCCGGUCCACUAUGGCAGCCUGCGUUUGGCCAUAAUAUGGAAGAAGUGAUGACAACAAUUGAGGGCAUGCAGGAAUAUGACGGAGAUGGGAAUGUGUUUGUCAUAUUGGCUCAUGACCCAUCCUUGCGAUGUCCUGAGGUGCCGUUCUUCCCAGAGCAGGUUAACAACUGGAAGGAAAGGGGACUCGGCCAAAAGUUGAGGUGGGUAUGGACGGAAGAGAUCCUUGCUGCAAUAAAAACAAGUAAUGACCCUGUGGACUUCUUCCCUCGUGACAUUUCAACUAAGAUAGCUACUUAG